CCCGAACCACUUGUAUUCAGAGGACUCGAGUUUUGACAUCACCUGCAUUCCAUAGGAUCAUAAAUCAUAUCAGCUCACGUUCGGGGCUAUGGAUGCAUGCUACUACAAGGCGUAUUCUAAAACUGAGCGCUGUCCCUGGCAAGUCUAUCGAUCUGGUCUUCCACUCACUCCGUCGUCAUCACCCUUUCAUGAAAUGUAUGGCCAUCUCUCAGAUCCUAUUCGGGUCUUCAGCAUCUCUGGCGAGUUUUCUGGAAACUUAAUUCCGCUAAGUGAGGAUGCACUCCAAGCUCGACGGAUGAUGGAGGAGGGGCUGAAUGAACUGCGCAGUAAGCCCCACCGAUACAGAAUAAAUAAUGAUUACAAUGCCGAGUUCGCCCAGCACGAUGUUCGCAACGGCAUCGUGACUUGUACGACACUCUCCCAAGAUGGCUGUUUCAUCGCACUUGGUUUUGGCAGCGGUGUUAUCGAGGUUGCCAACAUCCAUCAUCAGAAGACGGUUUCUCGGUUUCAAUGCAGCACGCCCGAUCCCCCAGUCUGGAUUGAAUUCUGUCAUGGCAAUCACAAGAUAGUGACUGAGGAUAGGAACGGAAGGAUCAACAUCCUCAACCAUGAUACGCAAUCAGUAAACCUUGGUACACUCCCCUGCGGUCAUUCCCCUGCUGUGACUACGAUAUCUCAUAGUGGAUCCAUCAUCAUACGAGCCCCAACGAGUCUUGAUGACGAUUGGCACAAGAGCAUGACGCUCCUGCACGUUACAGGUGACCCAUCUAUUCAGCCUCUUGUAUCACCUUCAUGUGCUCCUUUCACACCUUCCGUGCCUUCCACUCCUCAACGCCACACGCUUGGAUUCUCGCCUAAAGAUCGAUAUGUUGGUGCAUACGAUAAGAACCACGCUUUCGUCUGGUCAACAGAUUCAGGCGAGUUAAUCACUCAAUAUCACAUACCAGAUUCCGCGACUUGGAUCCUCAAUACCGGUAUUGUUCCCACCUGCUCGCAUCUCAUCCCUGAGCCUGUACUUCCCGAGUCCGUCACUCCUUCGUCCUUGGAUGGGAACGUAACUCAUGCACAAAAUUCGGAGUCAGAUUCAGGGCACAAGUCGGAUGAGUCCUGGCUGAAGUGUACCUUUUAUGACCUCUCGCCUAGCGUGAAGGACAAAGGCAUGUGCGAUGAAGUAUAUUCUUCAGCAGCGGGAAGAGUUCCAUUGAUUAAAGACAGCAAAGUCUGGUUCAAUGGAAGAAUCGAAUUCAUCAUCCCACCAAGUUACAGUCCUCUUUGGCAGACCCGAUACAUUAAUGAAGAAGCCUGGUAUGGUGAUCGAACGCCGUAUAGCAACGCACCUUACCUUCCGCAAGCUAGCAAAGAUGGAACCCGAUGGGUGACCCAAGGCAAGAUGAGAGCCCCGAUCGUCAUUGACAUCAGCCAAGUUGUUUAGUGUUUUGCUGGAUACCUAGCAAUUAUAUUCUUCGCUCCAGAAUCGCUCUGAUAUUGUGGGAAUGUGUAUGUAGCCACAUUGGAGCACUUGUAAUUCAAGAUCGGUGUUGUCAAGCCACUGUACGCGGAAAAGUAUGAAGGGAUGACAAAAAAAGGGGUCUGGCUUUUCAGGACUGGUAAAGCAGCUGCAUUGAAGCACACUUGAUCCUCUCUUUCACGGAACCACCCCAAUUACAUAAAACGCACCCUACCCCAUGAUAAAACCAUCAUUAUGUUUAUCGGACUUCUAUCGGGACCAUCAUCGACAGUGGUU